AUGAUCAUCAUCAUUGCCCUUGUAGCCCUCGCCCUAUCCAUGCUAAUUAACUGCUUCUGCUGCGUAAAAUGGAUUAUUAGACGGCAUCACAGAGAUAAAAGGAAAUUGAAAGGAACUGAUACUUUUGGUGGUCAGAGUGAUUUCAAACCCACAGGAGUCAUCCCCACCGUUGCGUGGUACCCUGCAGAUCCCAGAGUUCUACCUCCCGGCCCACUGGCACAGCAAAUGACACCCAGUUCAGCUUUCCGUCGGUCUAUUGCCAUUCCCGACGAGUCGUUAGUAGAGAACCCCCCACUGUGGAGUCCCUUUGAGAACGCCAAUGCAGCGCGCGCUCACCCCGAAGGAAAAGCAGCCAAUGGAAGCACUAUGAGUAAUUCUGCUGACCGUAACUCGGACUCGGGGUUCUCGAUUCCCCAUCCCGGUGCACCGCAACCGAUUCAAAUACUCUCAAACCCUGCCGCCUACCCAAUAAGCUUUGAGCCAUUAGGUUGGUCUGGACCAGUCACUCCUCGUCCCAAAUAUCAUGCUCACCGUCUACGACAUCAGUUUGUGCCAUCCUACUAUGUCGGAGUAAAGCGAGCCAGCUCGAGAGAGACAGUAUUCUCAGAGCGACCAAUGUCCGAAAUUGGAUUCGAACCGACCUCUCACCACCAGCAUCACUACAUUCCUGUAGUUCUAGGUUCUGGAGGUGGUAUACGAGCCUCGCAACCGCAACUAGCGUCAGUUUCCGCCUACGGUGCUCCGUUAUGUAGUGCCGCCGAUGUGAAUUUAAUCGGGAAACCGGGAGCAGGGGAUGGGGCCAGUGCAGGAGGUGGUAGUGGAUCGCCCAAACCUGGAAUGGCUGUCCUCCUACCUGCCGCUGUGCUUGGUCACCAAUAUGGUAUAAUUCCGCCUCCAUCAAGUUCCACUGAACGUUCCUCCGUACCCCUUUUAAAAGCGGAAUUGUCGGUUAAAUCGAAAACAAUGGCCCCUGAGGCCACUUUGGAGGAAGUGGAUGUAGUAAAUGAAGCGACAGGCAAAAGUGCAGCGGAAGUACGAAUGUGGCUCCAGUCGAUGCCUAGCGCAGACAAAGAUCAUCAGUCGAGGUUACCGACCAAGUUGGCAGACAGUUUGAAUACGGAUUAUGAUGUGCCAAGUGACUGGAGCGAACGCGAGCCUAUGCUGAUGCGUGAGAAACCGAGUAGUGAAGAGACUGCUCCAACUGAAUGA